AAGGGGAGCUUUCUCGUUGUCCAGAUCGGUGGGAUCUCGCCCCUGCUCACUCACUCGACCAAAGUUGUUUUCAAUUGAGCAGGCUCCAGAUACUGGACGCUCCCCUCAUCCUCAGGGGUUCUGGGAGAAUUCCCAGGGAGUUAUAUAAGGAACGAAGAGUGAAUCAGACCCAGCAGAAACCGGGGAGAAAAAUGGGAGCCGCCGGGAGGAUGGGGUCCAAAAGCGCAGCUUAACCCCGUCUUUCUGGGGGCAUCAGAAGCACCAAUGUUUCCUCCACAGGCAGUGUCAAGACCAGAGGACAAAGCCGUCUGUCGCCCGAGAGGGAGAGCCUGAGGGGGGGGGGGGGGUCAGCUAGCCCCCUCCCUUCAGCCGCUGGCUACUCUCUCCAGCCCCUCGCUAUCCUGGAGAGCCGGGGGCCUCCCCACCUGGAGCCUUAGUUCCACCACCUCCCUUCUGGGUUCUGGUGCUGGGCGUGGGACCCGCUGAUCCCAUCUGGAAGGAGAGAGACAUCGCCGCUUUAAGGAAAAGGGGUGAAGGGAGGAGGGCUGCUAGGGGAGGGAGGAACUGGAGGAGGAGAAGGAGGUGGAGAAGGAGGAGGAGGGGGGAUAUCCCCGCGCUCCCACGUGGUCCCGGUGCCUGUGAAUCGCGCCUGCCGGAGGGUCUCACAGCGAAAUACAAAAGCGGCUGCUAAGCGGCUGGGAGGAGAGUUCCCAGCGCUCGGCCGAGCCAGAGCCGGAGCGGGAGCCGGAGUCUGAUCCGGAGUGGGGCCAGGCACUGAGAGGCGGCAGCAACAGUAGCAGCCUUAGCCUCGGCGGCGGCGGCGGCGGCAGCAGCAGCAGGAGCAGCGCCGAAGCCCCACAGCCACCAUGGGGCACAGGCGCCACGGGCCCGGCGGCCACUCGCCUGCCGGGGACGCUUCGCCGCCGGGGCCCCGGCCCCGGGGCUCGGCUUGAAGCAGCGGCAGCGGCCCGCCCCCGGAGCCCCUAUGGGCUGGAGGAUGCGGGGGCCCGGCAGCGCCGCCGCCACCAUCGGACUCUGGGUCUUGGCACUGGGUUUGCUUCUAGCGCUGUGGACCGGGCUCGCGCAGCGGGCGGAGCAGCACCCCUUCCCCGGGCUGGGACUGCUGCGCCCCGGGAGGAGCAGUGUGAAUCGCGCGGCAUCCCCGGUUCUACUCCUUCCCCGUCUACGGCCAGGGGACGCCCGCGGCAGCCCCGCGAAAACUUUCCGGGCACUGCUCACUGUGCCAGCAGCCCGGGAGAGCCUGCCCCAGCUCUUACCCGAGUCGGAGGAGCUGAGGCAGCCGGGGCACGUGGAGGAGCCCCAGAGGGGCGGCCCAGCUGCCGUGCAGGGCGGGAUCUUCUGGAGCCGAGGCCUGGAGGAGCAGGUGCCCCGCGGCUUCUCCGAGGGGCAGGCGGCUUCCUGGCUGGAGGCGGCGCGCGGGGCCCGGGUGGUGGCCCUGGAGCGCGGGGGCUGUGGGCGCAGCUCCAACCGGCUGGCCCGCUUCGCCGACGGCACCCGCGCCUGCGUGCGCUAUGGCAUCAACCCGGAGCAGAUCCAGGGCGAGGCCCUGUCCUACUACCUGGCCCGGCUGCUGGGCCUCCAGCGCCACGUGCCCCCGCUGGCGCUGGCGCGGGUGGAGCCGCGAGGCGCGCAGUGGGCGCAGGUGCAGGACGAGCUGCGCGGCGCGCACUGGGCCGAGGGCAGCGUGGUGAGUCUGACUCGCUGGCUGCCCAACCUCACAGACGUAGUAGCCCCUGCUCCCUGGCGCUCAGAGGACGGGCGCCUGCGGCCCCUGCGUGGCGGUGGGGGCGAGCUGGCCAACCGCAGCGAGCCCGAGCUGGUGGAGCUGGUGCAGUGGACCGACCUGAUCCUCUUCGACUACCUGACGGCCAACUUCGACCGACUGGUCAGCAAUCUCUUCAGCCUUCAGUGGGACCCGCGGGUCAUGCAGCGCGCCACCAGCAACCUGCACCGCGGCCCCGGAGGAGGGCUGGUCUUCAUAGACAACGAGGCGGGCCUGGUGCACGGCUACCGGGUGGCCGGCAUGUGGGACAAGUACAACGAGCCACUGCUCAAGUCCGUGUGCGUCUUCCGCCAGCGCACCGCCCAGCUGGUACUGGAGUUGCACCGGGGCCAGGACGCUGCCGCGCGGCUCCUACGCCUCUACCGGCGCCACGAGCCCCGCUUUCCCGAGCUGGGCGCCCUGGCCGAGCCCCACGCGCAGCUGCUACAGCGCCGCCUCGAUUUCCUUUCCAAGCACAUUUUGCACUGCAAGGCCAAGUACGGCGGACUGUGACUUGGGACUGGAGCUGGGGCGGGGUGGAUUGGGGGAGGAGAGGCUGGAAAAGUGCAGGACAGCUGCACUUUGGAGUCGGGGAUGGAAGGUCAGCUCUCCCCUCGUCCGUCCCGGAGCUGUUGAGCCAACGCCCACUGAAUAACCCAAGCCGGGAGUCUUUCAAAGAUCUCUCCCGUCCAAACUUCCUCCCUCCGUCCCUGUGUGCCUCCGUGUCUCUGGCUCUCUCUAGCUCUAUCUCUCUGUCUUCCCCUCUCCCCACUCAGUCCCACACUGUCUCCUUUAAAAGUUCUCCAGGAGGGGACGGUGGCUAGAGCCUUCUCUUCUCCCGUCUCCAUUCAGGACCUUUGGCUGUGCCUGGAUGUUGUUUCCCGGCUGCCGAUCGGGAUUAGCCCCCGAGUCUGGGGGUUACAAUUGUCUUCCCCCGAAACUUGAGAGGAUAAAGUCCAGAAGGACUCCAUUUGGGUGGAUGGGAUUUGUAUUUGUUUUUAUUUUUUCUUGUCCCACUCCCCACCUUUUACCAAGGAGGUUGGGGGAGGGGAGGAUGGAGGGUGGAUUGCAUCCCAAAUCGAAUUCUGUCAUUAACAUCCCACGCAGCAGGCGCUUUCUACUGGUCUCUGGAGUAGCAGACAUGCCAUUACACGGUGCAGCUCUGUUCAUGUGUGCAUUCUUUGUUCUAAGGAUGUAACCGCUGUUAAUGGCAAGGCAAAACGGAUAUGGAGACCAGAGAUGCCAGUAACUCAGAACAGCCCUCGGGAAGCCUCCCGAACAGAUCCAGCUCCUUCCACUCAUUUGUUAAACUGUCAUUUGGCCUGAAAACGACAAUACCGAAAGGACUGGAUAAAACCAAUCAAAAAUAAUGGAUUUUCCUCCCUCUUGACCCCCUACCCCUCUCACCCCCCAGAAACCCCCUAGAUGUUGACAGUGACCAGAAUCUCAAGAAAAGAAAAAAAAGGGGGGGGGGGGGAGAAAACCCAGUUUCAUGCACUUUACUUUGCUUUUUUAAUUUUUUAUUAAAAAGAUUUUUUUAAUUUGACAGAAUCUGCCUUCUCUGUAUAUAUAUGUGCAUAAACUAUUGUGUAAAUAUACUAAACAGACUUAUAUUUCAAUAAAAGGGGAUUUAAAA